AUGCGGCUUCUCAAAACUGGGGCUUUUGUGCGUGCAGCCCAAGCAGCCAAAUUCUCCGUCCCUAGCUGCACAAUAGCUCCUCCUUCGUCCCCGGUCUUGGUCUCAUCAAGAUGGGCAUCCUCUCAGGCCCAAGCCCAAGCUGCGCCCGACGCCCAGCCCUUCCCUGAACAGUCUGUCAAAGUUGUCAACGAGAUCGACCCAGCAAAGACUGCUGCAGCACCAGGCCAGAGUGGGCAUCAUGCCAGCUUGGAGAGAAAGCUGCAAGAGUUGGACCAGGGGAACAAAAUCAUCCGCGACAAUGGGCAGUCUGGAGCAAAGAUACUGGGGUCUCCUUACAUCUUCGAUCAGACAUCAAAUCUCUCCAGCUCCAUCCUAGAUCUCGUUGGUCGCAAUCUCUAUGAUCACCCGGACCAUCCCAUCUGCAUCACUCGAAAGCUCAUCGAGUCAUGUUUCGAAGAAUCGACGUUCAAACACUUUGCCAUGGGUAAUCCAGUGGUCACAGUCAGGGACAAUUUUGAUGUCCUGGGCUUUCCUGCAGACCAUCCCGGUCGCUCAAGAACAGAUACAUACUAUGUCAAUUCAACCCACCUGUUGCGCACACAUACUUCCGCUCAUCAAAAUGCGGCUUUUCAGUGGCUAGCCAACAACCCUUCGAGUAAAGGCUACACCAUCUGUGCCGACGUCUACCGCCGAGACAGUAUUGACAGGAGCCAUUUUCCUGUCUUCCAUCAGAUGGAAGGAGCCCGGACCUGGGAAGCUCAACAAAACAGAGUCGCUCAGAUAAAACGGAAUUGCGAAGAGAUGCCCGAGACUGGUAUCAUCGUGGAGGACCAAGCCACCGAUUUCACGGGAACUGCAAACCCUUUGCAAUCCGAACACGACCCAGAUGAAGUGCACCAAGUUGCCAGGCAUCUCAAACUCAGUCUCGAGUACCUCGUCAGCCGCAUCUUUGAGGCCUCUCGGCAAUCACUCCCCUCGGCUGCCAGAACGGACGCACCGAUGCAGGCCCGCUGGAUCGAAGCUUAUUUCCCUUUCACAUCGCCGUCUUUUGAAUUCGAAGUCCUCUGGCAUGGAGGGGAAUGGUUGGAGCUUCUGGGGUGCGGCGUCGUCAAGCAAGGUAUCUUGAACAAAGCCGGUUUGCAUGACCAUAUCAGCUGGGCCUGGGGUGUAGGUAUUGAACGAUUCGCCAUGCUCCUGUUUGGUAUCCCCGACAUCCGUCUAUUCUGGUCCACCGAUCCCAGAUUUUUGAAACAGUUCACCCGUGGAAAGAUCACCAAGUUUGAACCCUUUAGUAAAUAUCCUGCCUGUUACAAGGAUAUAGCCUUCUGGAUCAAGCCGGUUCCUUCAGCAUCGUCACCCCUUGGUUCACAAUUAGCACACACUACUUCAGGCGUUGCAGCUGCAGCAGGCGGAGACGCCACAAAGGCGUCCCCGACAGAAACCCAGCCUGCCGCAUUCCACGAGAAUGACAUCAUGGAAGUUGUACGGGACGUGGCAGGCAACCUGGUUGAAGAUGUGAAACUGGUGGAUGAAUUCGUCCAUCCCACGACAGGGAGGAAGAGUCUCUGUUAUAGGAUUAACUAUAGGAGCCUGGAGAGGACAUUGACGAACGAAGAAGUCAAUGGGUUGCACGAGGAAGUUGGAAGGAGGAUGAAGGGCCUGUUUGGUGUUGAACUGCGUUGA